GCGAUUAAAACUCUUAUGGCAGACGUAGAUUAUAAUCUGAAUUCCAAAAAUCGGGACCGUUUUACACAGAAUCUUGGAACCUUUAAGCGAGAAUUAACAAAUGAAAAUGUCAUAUUAAUCUUACCGCCUAUGGAUCUCAAGCUGAUGUGA